AAUAAGCGUUCCUGAACACAUUUCCCAGAAGCCUUUGCUGUAAAACAUGUGACGCAUUUAGCCUGCGACUUCAGCGCGUUGUUCUGUGUUUUGCGUUGGUAAAUCGUUGCAUGUUAGCUCAUUUUCUUAUUUCUUAAAGUGAGAAGAAAAAAGACGCUCUGAAAAGAUGUCUUUAGCAGACGAGCUGCUUGCCGACUUGGAGGAGGCAGGAGAAGAAGAGGACGGGCUGUACCCCGGUGGAGAAGAGGGUGAGAGUGAUGGGGAACCCGGCGAGAGACAAACUGGGGGUCUGGAGGACAUACCCGAGGAGAUGGAGGUGGAUUACAGUGGGACGGAGAGUGUCACAUCCAUAGCAAAACUAAGACACAGCAAGCCAUUUGCUGAAAUCAUGGAUAAAAUCGGUCAAUAUGUUGGAAAUCAACGAAAGAAUUCGGAAGUGUCUGGACCUGUUGAAGCAGACCCAGAAUACAGACUCAUUGUCGCCGCCAACAAUCUGACAGUGGAAAUAGACAAUGAACUUAAUAUCAUUCACAAGUUUGUUCGUGACAAGUACUCCAAAAGAUUUCCUGAACUGGAGUCCCUUGUGCCAAAUGCACUAGAUUAUAUCAGAACUGUUAAGGAGCUGGGCAACAAUCUCGAGAAGUGCAAAAACAACGAGACUCUCCAGCAGAUCCUGACCAAUGCUACUAUCAUGGUGGUCAGUGUCACCGCCUCAACAACACAAGGAACUAUGCUUGGUGAUGAUGAGCUCCAGCGAUUGGAGGAAGCGUGUGACAUGGCCCUUGAGCUCAACCAAUCAAAACACAGGAUCUAUGAAUAUGUGGAAUCUAGGAUGUCAUUUAUUGCUCCAAAUCUUUCCAUUAUUGUCGGAGCUUCAACUGCUGCCAAGAUCAUGGGUGUUGCUGGUGGGCUGACUAACCUGUCUAAGAUGCCUGCAUGUAAUCUGAUGUUGCUGGGAGCUCAGCGGAGGACACUGUCUGGAUUCAGCAGCACAUCCCUGCUGCCCCAUACAGGCUACAUCUACCACUGUGAUGUAGUGCAGUCACUGCCUCCAGAUCUGAGGAGAAAAGCAGCUCGUCUGGUUGCAGCUAAAUGCACUCUGGCUUCUCGUGUGGACAGUUUUCAUGAGAGUUCUGAUGGCAAGGUUGGCUAUGAUCUGAAGGAAGAGAUUGAGCGAAAGUUUGAUAAAUGGCAGGAGCCCCCACCAGUCAAACAGGUGAAGCCUCUUCCAGCUCCCCUGGAUGGACAGAGGAAGAAGAGAGGAGGAAGAAGGUAUCGUAAGAUGAAAGAGAGGCUGGGUCUGACAGAAAUCAGGAAACAUGCCAACAGAAUGACAUUUGCAGAGAUCGAGGAUGAUGCUUAUCAGGAGGAUCUGGGCUUCAGUCUCGGUCAGCUGGGAAAAUCUGGCAGUGGCAGGGUCAGGCAAGCUCAGGUCAAUGACUCCACCAAGGCCAGAAUAUCCAAAUCCUUACAGCGGACACUGCAAAAGCAGAGCAUGACAUACGGUGGGAAGUCCACUGUCAGAGACCGAUCAUCUGGAACCAGCUCAAGUGUGGCCUUCACUCCUUUACAGGGGCUCGAGAUUGUGAACCCACAGGCUGCAGAAAAGAAGGUGGCCGAAGCCAAUCAGAAAUAUUUCUCCAACAUGGCUGAGUUCCUCAAGAUAAAGCGUGAAAAGGAGGACAAGGUGUGAGGCUGUACGUUAGACGGAGGAAACCAUACAUCGACAGCCAUGGACGGAUUCACACUUCAACUGCUAAUUUAUACUCUGUCACACACCCACUCAGACGGACUUGUGUGGGGAUGGUGACAUUAUGAGGACAGCAUGAGGACAUGUGACUGAAGAUCUUUUUUUUGUGCAGAAGAGGGAGAGCAACAUGUUCUGCUGUACAUUUUGAUUUUUGUUCAUUUUUCUUUUCUUUUUUUUGUGUACAAAGGAAUUGUGUUGUAUAUAAAUCACAAAGAACAUGAUAAAUGCAAGUUUUUAAUCUUUUUUUUUUUUUUUUUUUUAUACUUUUUUCAUUUUCCACUUCAGACAACGCUUACAUUGAAUAAAGUUGCUCAUCUAGUUGUA